UUAUAUAAAUCAGCGAUGGUCUCCUCUAGUUGGCACCUCAUCUCGUUUACAAUUUUUUUUCAAGUUGUUCUUCUGCAUCCUUGUCCUGAAAAACACUCUCUCCUAACCAUGCUUUCAGAUCUUUUCAAUAAUCUCUCAACCACAGUUCUCCAGCAAUGGACACCAUGGUUGAGCCAACUUAUUAACAACAUAUAUGAGUUCGCUGGAGCCAUCCUCACUCUCUCAAUUCUCAUACUACCCCUCUUCUGGUACCUACGGACAUUCACCAAUUCCAGAAACCAAACAACCGAGGCUCCACUCCCACCAGGACCCCGUGGCUUACCUGUGCUCGGGUACCUCCCAUUCCUCGGCACAAACCUCCACCAUUCAUUCUCACAUCUUGCUCACCACUAUGGCCCAGUCUUCAAGCUCUGGCUCGGAAACAAACUCUAUGUCGUUAUAACCUCACCGUCCCUGGCAAAACAAGUGGUCCGUGACCAGGACAUUGUUUUCUCCAACCGUGACCCUCCCAUCUCAGCCCUGGCUGCCACGUACGGUGCCCAGGACAUUGCGUGGUCUUCCUACGGUUCCCACUGGCGCAACAUGCGUAAAAUAUUUGUCAGAGAAAUGCUCAGUAACAGUAGCCUGGAAGCCGGUUACAAUCUUCGAAGAACCGAGGUUCGCAAGACUAUUACACAAGUGUAUAGAAAGAUUGGCAAGCCUGUUGAAAUUGGGGAGAUUGUUUUUUUGACAGAGUUUAAUGUUGUUUUGAGCAUGUUGUGGGGGAGCACAUUUAAUAUUCAGGAGAAGGUUAAUAGUCGUGUUGGAGCUGAGUUUCGAGCGGCGACAGCGAAGAUGAUGGUGCUGUUGGGGAAGCCCAACUUGUCUGAUUUUUUUCCUGGGCUGGCGAGGUUUGAUUUGCAAGGAGUGGAGAGGGAGAUGAAGGAGAUAGUCGUCGAUGUGGAGAGGGUUUUUGAUUCUGUGAUUGAUGCACGGGUGAAAAUGGAGGCGGUCAACGACGGAGGGAAGAAGGAUUUUUUGCAGAUUUUGUUGGAGCUCAAGGGGGAAGAUGGUGCGACACCAAUUACCAAGACACAAAUAAAGGCCUUGUUGACGGACAUUGUAGUGGGGGGAACAGACACUACAGCCACCAUGGUGGAGUGGGUGAUGACGGAGAUCAUGCAUAACCCAGAGUUAAUGAAAAAAGUCCAAGAAGAAUUAUCAGACAUUGUGGGAAUGAACAACUUUGUUGAAGAGUUCCAUUUGCCCAAAUUACUCUACUUAGAUGCGGUCGUGAAGGAAACAUUUCGAUUACACCCUGCAGUCCCUCUCUUAGUCCCUCGGUGUCCUAGCCAAUCUUGUGUAGUUGGCGGAUACACCAUACCAAAGGGCACUAGGGUGUUUUUGAACGUUUGGGCAAUCCAAAGGGACCCUGACUUUUGGGACAAUCCGUCAGAGUUUAGGCCGGAGAGGUUCUUGGGUGACGACAACAAAUGGGACUACACCGGCAACAAUUUUCAGUAUCUUCCAUUUGGAUCAGGGAGGAGAAUAUGUGCUGGCAUUCCUCUUGCAGAGAAAAUGGUGAUGUAUGUGUUGGCUUCACUUUUGCAUUCAUUCAAUUGGCACUUGCCAGAGGGCGAAGAGCUUGAUCUUUCAGAGAAGUUUGGGAUUGUUAUCAAGAAAGAGACACCCUUGAUUGCCAUCCCCACACAAAGGUCAUCUGACUUGAACUUUUAUGCAUAAAAGAGCACAUAACUAGGUGCAGUGGAAAAACACCAGACCUUAUGGAACCAAUCGGGUUGUAGACCAUGGUUGAUUUUGGGAUCUCUCCUCCCCUAUCCUGAGAAGAAGAAGAAGAAGAAGAAGAAGAAGAAGAAGAAGAAGAAGACUAUAUCUUGAUUAUUGAAAUAAGAAGGGAAUAUUACAAUUCGGGAUGUACAUUGAAAAAUUAUCAAAUAUUAAUGAAAAAAAAUUAUAAUUAUAAUUAUUAGUAUUUAUAUAA